AUGAGUUUGAACGGCGAUUCAAAGCUCACACACGACCAGUGGAACAGCAAGGCACCCAUGCCUUCCCCAUUCAAGAACUGGCUAGAGACACACGGUAAAGAUGCAUUCAAAGAUUUUCGAGAAGAUCACCCCACAAGCAAACUUUCGUACGAGGCCUGGUGUCAAACCGAACAGGUCUACGGCGGAUAUUUAUUCUACGCAGCUUCGAUGAUCUGGGACGAAGAUGGCUCCUCCGAAGAUGAACGCACAAAACGCCGUCGCAUUGCGCGUGUUCCGGACAACGAUCCGAAAAAGACAGUGUUUACCAACGGAAACGGAGCGCCGCGUACUGCGGGCUCAGCAACACCAAUGCCGGUGGCAAACUCAGGUGAACUAAGUGCGUCUGGCAAAAGAAAGAGAAAGCCGCGAAAGAAAUAUCUGUCGCAGGAACUCGUAGCAUCUGAUGAAGAGCUAGAAGAGCGGGUAGAGGCUACACCAGCCAACAAUGGAGCUGCAGCACCCACAGCGCCAGCUAUCGCUGUCAACGGCCGACGCAAGUCGAGUUCGCGGAAGCCCCGGAAGAAGCCUCUUUCUGAGGAAACGAUAUCGCCCGAGGACGAGAAUGACGAUCCCAUGGAAAUUGAUGCCGCCUUCAUUGCAUCUCCUCUCCCCGUCAGAUCUGCUCCACGUACAGCCGCUGCGACGAAACAGCUAGAAUCACCAAAGAAGGCAACACUAAAACAAAGCUCAGUCAAGAAGUCAAGAGAGUCAUUUCUCGUAAGAUUGCCCUUCCAUCUUUGGGAUGCUGUAAACUUAGAUGAGAAGUCCGAAGAGAUGGUACUUGAUAAGGACUCCGAUAACAAAGGUGCUUCUGUCGCUGAAGUCUCACGACCCGCGGUCACGCCAGCUGCCAAACCUAGUGCCAAUGCCGAGUUCGGUGUAAAGGCAGACACAAAUACAGAUCAAGUCGCAGAAACAGCGACAGCCGAAGGCACACCAGACCCGUCAACUGCAAACACUAGACGAGGAUUGCGCAACCGAAAGCCUGCGCAACAACGGCCGUACUACCACGAUGCGCAACUCUUUGAGGAUACAGAGACCGGUUCUGAAGAAGAAGGUAGUCUUGAACUGUCCUCUCCAGCGCAAAGCCGAAAUAAUUACGACAUGUCCGAUUUUCCUGCUGGUGCUCUCUGGGACAUUCUUAUCUCAGAGGUGGACAGGCUCUACGAUCCGCCAAAUCCCGAAUGUGGCGAGAAACACAUGAGCCCGGAGAGGCUUGGUGAUGUAGACAACGACCUACCCAAAACCAAGCACUUCAAAGGCAAAGGGCGGGCGUGGAAGAAGGAGGGGUCAGAUGAGGAUGAGGAGUUCACACCAAAGCAGAAGAAGGCCGCGAAAGCCGCGAAAGCCAAAGCUGACAAGGCAAACGCUAAGGCGGAGAAGGCUGCUGAAAAGGCUGCAGCCGAUGACAACCCCAAGCAGAAGAAGAAGAUCGGGCGGCCAAGGAAGAGCAAUCUGUCCGAGGACGCCGUCCGCGAUGAGUCUGAUAACGAUACAAGCGUACUCGGGGGUGAGACUAAUCCUCAAACGACACCCACACAGCCGCCGAAACGUGGUCGAGGACGUCCACGCAAAAGCGCACUAUCCUCCGAACUCGUGCGUGACGACUCGGAAGACGAGGCUCCAGCACCAGCGCCUAAGCCAGUAGAGCCCCGGACAAUGAUCGACUCCACAACCCCACCCAAGCCCAAAUCCACAUCUCGCCCGUCUACAGCGACCAGCACAACGCAUGUGGCGACACCCAAGAAGCGCGGCCGCCCACGCAAGUCAGACAUCAGCACAACACCCGCAAAGUCGUCUGCUACAGGGGCCGACGAAACCGAGGCCCAUGUACCACAGCGACGCGGCUCAUCCGCCACCUCACCAGCAAACGCAGCCAAGCCAAAAACGACGCGGGCGCGGACCAGUAUCUCGUCGGCGCCUGAUGCACCCACGCCGGUGUCAGCGUCAGCGUCAGCAUCAACGUCAACACCAGUUUCAACAGCAAGGGCAAUACCCAACUUGAACCGCGGCGCCGCUCUUGUCGAGUCGCUGUACCCCCGCGAGCCAUCACACGCUCCAUCUCAAGCUUCGCCAGUAUCCACACCAGCGCCCACGCCCACUGCGCCCGCGAGUCUGUCAAUAGGAGAACCGGCUUUUGCGUCGACGGAAGCGUCGGUCCAGCCGCCGCUGGAAGUAGAGGGAGUAGCCGCGAAGGAAGCAGAGACGAAGGAAGCAGAGAUGAAGGAAGCAGAAACGAAGGAAGCAGAAACGAAGGAAGCAGAGACGAAGGAAGCAGAGACGAAGGAAGCAGAGACGAAGGAAGCAGAGACGAAGGAAGCAGAGACGAAGGAAGCAGAAACGAAGAAAGAGGAGAAGGAAGAAGAGAAGGAGAAUGAGGAGAACAAAGAGGAUAGAGAGGAUAAGGUGGAUACACAUGAUCCACCAGACCCUACUCCCAUGGAUCAAGACCGGGAAAUGAGCGCAAGCAUGAGUCUGAGUUCCGACAGCGAACUGUAG